AUGGUUUCCACCUCGGUUCCAUCUUUGUGGACUAUAUUUUGCCUUCAUUUAUGUUGUUUUGUGAACACUGGAGUAGCACAGAAUGCAAGAGAAGUGAUCCUGUUGGAUUCAAAGGCACAGCAAACAGAGCUUGAAUGGAUAUCCUCUCCUCCAAGCGGGUGGGAAGAGAUCAGUGGAUUGGAUGAGAACUACACCCCCAUUCGCACUUACCAGGUUUGCCAAGUCAUGGAACCCAAUCAGAAUAACUGGCUUCGGACUAACUGGAUUGAAAAGGGGGAUGCCCAGAGGAUCUUUGUGGAACUGAAGUUCACCUUGAGGGAUUGUAACAGCCUGCCCGGAGUGGUGGGCUCAUGCAAAGAAACGUUCAACUUGUAUUACCAGGAAACCGAUUCGGAGGUGGGCAGGAAUAUACGUGAGAGCCAGUAUGUGAAAAUUGACACUAUUGCUGCGGAUGAAAGUUUCACCCAGGGGGACCUGGGAGAGAGAAAGAUGAAGUUGAAUACCGAAGUGCGUAUAAUUGGGCCGUUGUCACGGCGAGGUUUCUACCUGGCUUUCCAGGAUGUAGGAGCCUGCAUUGCUCUGGUCUCUGUCAAGGUUUAUUACAAGAAAUGUUGGUCGAUUAUUGAAAAUUUGGCCACCUUCCCGGACACGGUGACGGGGUCAGAGUUCUCCUCUUUGGUCGAGGUGGAGGGCACGUGCGUCAGCGACGCAGAGGAGGAGGCCGAUAACUCACCCAAAAUGCACUGCAGCGCAGAAGGGGAAUGGCUGGUGCCCAUUGGGAAAUGUAUAUGUAAAGCUGGAUUUCAUCAGAAAGGAGAUGCAUGUGAACCGUGCGGUCGUGGGUUCUACAAGUCUUCGUCUCAGGACCUGCAGUGUUCCCGGUGUCCGGCUCACAGUUAUAAUGACCGGGAGGGAUCAUGGCGCUGUGACUGUGAGGACGGUUACUACAGAGCGCUGUCUGACCCGCCCUCAGUCGCUUGCACCAGGCCUCCGUCAGCGCCGCAGAACCUCGUCUACAACAUCAACCAGACGACCGUCAGCUUGGAGUGGAGCCCGCCGGCGGACACCGGGGGACGCAAUGACGUCACCUACCGGAUUAUGUGCCGCCGCUGUAGCUGGGAGCCGGAAGAAUGCGUUCCAUGCGGUGGGAACGUUGGCUACACCCCCGCUCAGGCUGGAUUAGUGGACACCUACGUCACCAUCACAGACCUGCUGGCACACGCCAACUACACGUUCGAGGUUGAGGCGGUGAACGGGGUGUCGGACCUCAGCCGAACUCAGCGUCUGUUCGCUGCGGUCAGCAUCGCCACCAGUCAAGCAGCUCCCUCACAAGUGAGUGAAGUCAUCAAGGAGAGUGUUCAGCAGAACAGUAUCCAGCUCUCCUGGCAAGAGCCAGAGCAGCCCAAUGGAGUCAUCACCGAAUACGAGAUCAAGUACUAUGAAAAAGAUCAGAAGGAUCGCAUUUACUCCACGGUGAAAUCAAAGUCCACGUCAGCCACGGUGAACAACCUGAAGCCCAGCACGGCGUAUGUGUUUCAGAUCCGCGCCUUCACUUCUGCUGGAUAUGGCACCUUUGGACCGCGGCUGGAAGUCACGACCAAAGAGGAGGCUUCAGGUACUACCACAGUGGUUUCCAGCGAGCAGAACCCGGUCAUCAUCAUUGCGGUGGUGGCAGUAGCCGGCACUAUCAUACUGGUCUUCAUGGUGUUUGGCUUCAUCAUCGGGAGAAGGCAUUGCGGUUACAGCAAAGCAGACCAGGAAGGGGACGAAGAGCUUUAUUUUCAAUUUAAAUUUCCAGGCACCAAAACAUACAUUGACCCUGAAACGUACGAAGACCCAAACAGGGCUGUACAUCAGUUUGCCAAGGAGCUGGACGCUUCGUGCAUUAAGAUUGAGCGAGUGAUCGGCGCAGGAGAGUUUGGGGAGGUGUGCAGUGGACGGAUGAAACUCCCCGGGAAGAGAGAUGUGCCUGUGGCCAUUAAGACGCUGAAAGUGGGGUACACAGACAAACAGAGACGGGAUUUCCUGUGCGAAGCAAGCAUCAUGGGACAGUUUGACCACCCUAAUGUGGUUCAUCUGGAGGGAGUCGUUACUAGGGGAAAGCCGGUCAUGAUUGUAAUUGAAUAUAUGGAAAACGGCUCACUAGACGCUUUCCUCAGGAAACAUGACGGUCAAUUCACGGUCAUUCAGUUGGUCGGGAUGCUGAGAGGCAUCGCGGCUGGAAUGAGAUAUCUCUCCGACAUGGGUUACGUGCACAGAGACCUGGCGGCGCGGAACAUUCUGGUCAACAGCAAUCUCGUAUGUAAAGUGUCUGACUUCGGCCUGUCACGAGUGAUUGAUGACGAUCCCGAAGCGGUUUACACGACAACAGUGAAGAUGCAAUGUGUUGUCAAUUUGAUCUUUGUUACGACCACUGAUUGGUGUUUUGUUGAACAGGGCGGGAAAAUUCCGGUUCGGUGGACAGCCACAGAAGCCAUCCAAUACCGCAAAUUCACCUCAGCCAGUGACGUGUGGAGUUACGGCAUUGUUAUGUGGGAAGUCAUGUCCUAUGGGGAGAGGCCUUACUGGGAUAUGUCCAAUCAGGAUGUCAUAAAGGCUAUAGAGGAAGGUUACCGUCUCCCGGCGCCAAUGGACUGUCCUCCAGGCCUGCACCAGCUCAUGCUGGACUGCUGGCAGAAGGACCGCGCCGACCGACCCAAAUUCGACCAAAUAGUCGGCAUCCUAGACAAAAUGAUCCGUAAUCCCAACACCUUAAAAACGCCUCUGGGAACCUGUACAAGAUCCGUAAGUCCCCUGCUGGACCAGAGCACUCCAGACUUCACCUCUUUCCUCUCUGUAGGAGAGUGGUUGGAAGCCAUAAAAAUGGAGCGUUACAAAGACAACUUCACAGCUGCUGGGUACAGCUCUUUGGAGUCUGUCGCUAGGAUGACUAUCGAGGAUGUGAUGAGUUUGGGAAUAUCGUUGGUGGGACACCAGAAGAAGAUCAUGAGUAGCAUUCAGACUAUGAGAGCCCAGAUGCUCCAUCUCCAUGGCACGGGCAUUCAGGUCUGA